GCUUUAUAUUUUAUGAGUCUUAAAGGGAUGAACGUUAACUCUUGAGUGGUUAUAUAAAGUAUUAAGUAUGUGUAUAUAAUAUAUGUUAGAUAUAUGACUAAUUACUUAACUGGUUAAUUUGGUUUGACUGAUUAGGAGUGUCUGAAACCAAACCAAACCACCUAAACCAAACAAGCUAAAAACUUUAACCAAACCAAACCAAUUAUCCAAAUUAACCAAACCAAAUUAUCCAAAUAGUACCGGUUAAAACGAUUACCACGGUAACCAAACCGUUUGAACACCCCCUACCCUAUGCGCCGUUAGUAGUUAAAUUCACCUCCUCCCACACACGGUUGUCACAAACUUCCUUCCCUAUCGGUCUCUCUUUCUAGGCUCACGCAAUAUGGCCAUUGAAAGGAAUCCAGAGGAAGCUUUUUUUUUGAGGGGAAGGAAUCCAGAGGAAGUUGUAAAGCGAGCAAGGGAGGAAACUGGGGAAGCAGAGAGCGGCGACGCCGGAAGAAGCGAUGAUGUCUGGAAGAAGGAGAAGCGGAAAAAGGACGCCGGAGCCCCCGGAACGGAGGGGGUGGUCCGUUUGGGUACGAUGGAAUUCACGACUUCCCGUGAGAUGUUUCAAACUGUCAAAGGGUGGAUGACCGGUAGUUAUCUAAAUUUCCCCGUCGUCAAUAGGAUCGUGCCGAGCUUGCUGGACUUGGUGAAGAAGGGUCAUCCCGAGCCACAUAAAAUGAUUGGUUGUGGGGUCGAUUCAUUUCGAGUCCGAAACGACACGAUGUGCAGCCACUUCCGCACCUUCUUUAUCGUUAGGAAAGAUGAUUCGACCGCAGAUUUCUGCUUCAGGACCUGUGUAAACAACAUCCUUCCAUUACCCGAGGAUUUGAAAGAUCAAGGUGGUGGUGUUGUUGCUGUUUGUGCAUGUCAUAUAGCAGGAGGCAUGGGUCGUUUGCAUGCUGAUAGAGUGGCAGAGGAACGUGAAAGGCUUACACGAGAACUAAAUGCUAGGCUAGAUGAGGAGGAGAGGAUGGGAAGGCUCAACACCGUCAUCUUGGGUUCGAAGAAAUUCUAUUACUCCACGCAUAUGUAUAGAUACUUUUACUCGUUGCUUAUGAGGUCCCCACUUAAUCAGACUCUCGUCGAGAAGCAUGCCCACCUGAUGUUACUGGAGUUAUUGAAGAAGGGUGAUCCAGAGUCGGAAAAAAAGAUUGGUUCUUCUGGCGUCGAAUCAUUUCAAGUUCGAAUCCAUCCAGCAUACGAUAGUGAUCUGCGAAGCUUCUACUUUGUUAGGGGAGAUGGUUCUAUGGAGGAUUUCUGCUUCAUCAAAUGUGUUGAUCAUAUCUUUCCCUUGACAGAGAAAUUUCAAGAACAAUGCGUUGGUCCUUGUAGCUGUCAUCAUGAAGAAGAUGGGGAAGGUGGUGUCACCUUGGGUUGGCUGAAAUUUCAGAGUUCCACACAAAUGUUUUCAUAUUUCGGAAGAUUGAAUCAAUUUUGUCCAUAUGAAUCUCCUAUCACCGACCCGGUUAUUCAAACGGUAGUGUUGGCUUUGCUGAAGAAGGGCGAUCCAGAGUGGGAGAAGAAGGUUGGUUCGGGAGGGGGUCUCCAAUCAGUACAAAUUCGGAGGCCCACAGUGGGGAGCUAUCCGGCCUACUUCGUUGUUAGGAACGAUGGUUCUAUGCUGCCUUUCUGCUUCUGGACAUGCAUCGACAAUCUCAUUCCUUUGCCAAAUGACUAUAAAAACCGAUGUGCUCCUGCUGGUGCUGGUCUUAAAAGUUUCCAGAGGAGCUAUACGUGGCGCUAGUGGAUGAAGUCAUGGCCGCCGCACUUUGAUUUGAAGGGUUGGGUUUCUCUAUUUGUUACAUGGUGUCGUAGUUUGGUUUAUUGUAUGUAUUUUUUUGCAAGCUUUACUUUUGACAUUACAAAGUGUUUGGGAUGUUGAGUUUUAGAUGUCAUUCAUAAGUUGUUAAAUCCCCAUUAUAUUUAGAUUGGUUUAUGUACCGUUAUUUACUGCUUAAAUUAAUGGUAAGGUUGUGUGAUGGUUUCUUUUGUAGAGCUCACUUUUUUAGGUUAGGUAUGGAUUUUGAUUUGUGCAACCUGUAGAUACUCUACCGAAUUCAUGUAACUACUUUCUAAGUGUUCGGAUAUUUGGAGGAAAUUGGGAUAUUUUACAAUAUUCUUUUUAUAUAGGCUCGCUAGUCUAAUGCAUUCUUCAACUUAAAUUUUAGACGUAGAUUUACCACAAGCUAUGGUUCACCCUGUUUCUUUUCAUGUGUACAAUUUAAAAGUACAAAAUAUUACAAAUUUGUUAGCUUAUAAUGAAUAACCUAUUUACCU